CGUGACGUGUUGUUGUGGUUCCUGUUUAUGCAGCAGGUCCCUGAUCUUCUUCCCUCAGCUGGAGAAGUUGCCUCAGGAUGGACCUCACCUCCCUCCUCCUCCUCUUCCUCUCCUCUCUCUGCUGCUCCUGCUGCUUCGGAGCUGCUACUCCAAACUUUGUCCUGGUUUUCGCCGAUGAUUUAGGUUUCGGGGAUCUGGGCUGUUACGGACACCCCACCUCUCUCACCCCGAACCUGGACCGUCUGGCCGCGGGAGGACUCCGAUUCACCGACUUCUACUGCACCAGCCCGGUCUGCAGCCCGUCCAGAGCUUCGCUGUUGACGGGACGUUACCAGACUCGCUCCGGCAUCUACCCAGGAGUGUUGUACCCGGGCUCUAUAGGCGGUCUUCCUCUGAACGAGACCACCAUCGCUGAGGUCCUGAAACCUCUGGGCUACGCCACAGCUGCCGUGGGAAAGUGGCACCUGGGAUUUGGGGCCAAUGGCAAGUUCCUUCCAACCAAGCAGGGGUUUGACCAGUACAUGGGGAUCCCUUACUCCCAUGACAUGGGCCCCUGUCAGAACUUGACUUGUUUCCCUCCAGAUGUGAAGUGUUUUGGAUUGUGUGACGUCGGUGCAGUAACUGUCCCGCUAAUGUACAAUGACGUCAUCAAGCAGCAACCGGUCGACUUCCUGGACCUGGAGAAUAAGUACAGUGACUUCGCAACCAACUUCAUCACCACAUCGGCCAAGAAGAAUCAACCUUUCUUCCUCUACUAUCCCUCUCAUCACACCCACUACCCCCAGUAUGCUGGUCCAGGGGCAGCCGGGAAGUCUUUAAGGGGCCCAUUUGGAGAUGCUCUGCUGGAGUUUGACAACACUAUCGGAAACAUACUGACAGCCCUGGAGAAGACAGGAGUCAUCAACAACACUCUGGUCCUCUUCACCUCAGACAAUGGACCUGAGCUGAUGCGUAUGUCCCGUGGCGGUAACGCUGGCCCUCUGAAAUGUGGGAAAGGGACCACAUAUGAGGGGGGCAUGAGGGAGCCAGCCAUCGCGUACUGGCCAGGGACCAUCAAACCAGGUGUGACUCAUGAGCUGGCCAGCACUCUGGACAUCCUCCCCACCAUCUCAACCCUGGCAGGAGCCAAACUGCCCCAGGUGAUGCUGGAUGGAGUCGAUAUGACGGAGUUACUUGUCAAACAAGGAAAGAGUAAAAGGGAGAUGAUGAUGUUCUACCCCACAGACCCCAUUGAGAUGUAUGGUCUGUUUGCUCUCAGGCUGGGGAAGUACAAGGCCCACUACUACACUCGAGGUGCCACCCACAGCAGCACGACCCCGGACAAAGACUGUGAAAUAUUCGCUGUUCUCAAGGCCCACGACCCCCCUCUGCUUUUCGACCUGGAGCUUGACCCCUCUGAGAACUACCCUCUCUCUCUGGAGGGGAAACCCGACCUCCAAACCCUGCUGGAGAGGAUGAAGAGAGUCAAGCAGCAGUUUGAAGCCUCCAUGGUGUUUGGGCAGAGCCAGAUAUCAAAAGGAAUAGACCGCAACCUGGAGCCGUGCUGCAAUCCUCAGUGUACCCCCAAACCCAGCUGCUGCCGGUGCUGAUGGGACAGAUGUGUGGGGAGGCUGAAGCUACUGGACUGAUUUUACUGUACAAAGUGCUCAAAGCUCGAAAGAUGUGAUAUUUGAAAUUAUGCAAUUCAGCUACUUAUUUUUGGAAUGUUAAGGUUUCAGUAUUACUCAUACUGAAAAGUAAUUUUCCAAAUAAUCUGUUUUCCUCAGUGAGGAAAUCUUAUUGUUUUGUGUUAAUAUUGAUUAUAUUUCAAAUUAGAAGAGCAACCAGAGUAGGAAAAGGCUAACGCUAUCUUACUGUGUUAAAGACAGUGGAACAUUCAUGGAUACACACAUUUAUCUGGAUCUACCAUUCUUCCAUGGGUCAUUCCCGGCUCCUUCACAAAAUUCACUGAAAGGUAAAAAUCUAAAUGUGUAACGUAGAUUAAUAAAGAAAAUAUUAAAGAAGAUAAACAAUAACUUCCUCUAAGGAAGAGGACAGCACAAAACUCAAAAUCCCCCUGAGGUUAAAUACAUUUCAUUACCUCCCACAACUGAGCAGCAGCACUUGUCAGGCACUGCGGUCAAGCCAGCCGACACUCGCAUCUCUUUGGUCAAAUCAGCCGACACAGAAAUUCUACUCCGCGCAUAUACUGACAUUUAUGGUAAACGCAUCCAAAGCGUUUUUUCCAAAUAAACUGUUGACAUGGAGCACAUAUAUUGAAAAAGAAAUGGAUUGGAUUAUAUUCACUAGAAGUAUAUAUCGUCUCAGGUGUAAUUUUUAUGAAUAGCAUUUUUACUGUAUCAAUUCAGAGAUUUCACUAAAUAAAAGUCACACAUUUUUA